AUAUAUUUUUUUCUUUUUUCUUUUUUCUUUCUCCUUCCCCUUUCCCUUUCUCUUUCUCCUUCCCCUUUCUCUUCUCUUUCCCCUCGGAACCCAGCAAGUCUGGGUUCCUUUGAACCCACCCAAGUGCUGGGUUCGCGUCUGGGUUUGCACUGAACCCAGCAUGCCUGGGUUUGGUAGAACCCAAGCAUGCUGGGUUCGCAAGGAACCCAAGCGUGUUGGGUUCGCGUACAAACCCAGCACGCUUGGGUUCCUUGUGAACCCAGAUGAAGAAGGCAAGGCAAAGCAAGGCAGUUGCUGGGUUACUGCAGGUGUUGGGUUUGAUUUUUCAAUUUCGAACGCUAGGUUUUUGCAGGUGCUGGGUUCGUUUGCAAGUGCUGGGUUCGAUUUCGAACCCAGUGGGCGGUGGGUUUGAGGUUCUGGGUUUCAUUUCGAACCCAGCAGUCGUUGGGUCAAAUAUCUAUUGAGUUUAAUAUGUUGAUUUGUUGUGUUAUCCUCGAAUUUAAUAUUAGGAGUUAGGGUUUGCAGAAGGUUAAAAGAAAGGGAGAGGAAGAAGAAAGGGAAAAAGGAAAAACAAACAAAGAAAAGAAAAAAGGAAUAACAAAUUUUUUAAGAUUUU